ACUGAUAAUUUAUGCGUCUAAGUUUGUUGUGAUUUCUUUCAGAUAUUUCUUAAUAUGGUACCAAGCGCUGAACGAGAAUGCACCAGAGUAUGUACACAACAUGUUUUCUGCAUUGGUGCCAGGUUUUGGAAGUCAAAAUGUUUUUCAAUCCCAACACAGCGGAAGCGUUUUCCACGAUACAAGUGCACAACAUCCCGUAACAGCAACGGAAUUGUUACCCAUUUUGCCUCCCUCAAAUGGAGAAAAAUCUCCAGAAAAUGCUAGCAAGUUUUAUUUAGAAGCUUUAUUGGAAUAUAUGGUUCAUACGGUUGUGAAAUUAGAAUGGCAGGACAAGAACGCACACCAUCAUAGAUGUUUUAGCUUCUUAUUAGAAAAAUUUAAAUUAUACUACAUACCAAAAAUGUUUCCAAAUUUCUGUAAGGAUACUUCUUUGUACAAACCAAAUUUAGAUUUACCUAUUUUGAGAAGACCAGAAAGUGAAAAUGAGUUUGUGCAGUGUCGAGUAAGUCUUAUACUUUGGACCAUCAACUAUAUGCAUCAAACCAGAAAAUCUCAAGAUAAAGAAGGUUCUGUUGGUCCACCUUCGAUACAGAAUAUGCAGUCUCCAUCACAACAUUCACACACGUCUCAUGAUGAUGACUCACAACACGAUUCGUCCCAUCCCAGUUUGGAUUCUACUAUAUCAAUUCAAACGAAUAGAACUACUUCCGACGAAGAACUGGGCCCACAAAUCGUUCGAGAAGUGUUGUACAGUACUAGAGACAACAUAAAUUUUGUCCACGAACUCUAUCGACAAGCUUUUCUUCUGAAUUUCACACACGUCGUGGCUAUAAGAAAAAUUAUUGGAUUAUACAAAGAUUUAAUACAAGGCAAUGUUAUUGAAAUACCUCCAUAUGCUUUGGAAAUGCCGGACGAUGUGCCUAGGAACGGUAAUGAGGAUAUGUCCGUUAUAGAGCGGCCUACAAGAUUACGAAAUGAUUCAUACUUAGGAGCGAUUCAUAAAGAAAACUUAUUAGUCCGAGCAGGGACACAGAACAUUUAUCAACUUUUUACGACCCAUGCGGCAAAUGUAUUUUUAAUAGAAAUCAAUUCUCAUGCACCGAGAAUGCUUGAAGAACAAACUGAUGCGUGUAAAAGGGUUUUAAACAUCUACAGAUAUAUGGUGAUGAAUACAAGGAUGGACAGCAGUACUUGGUAA